CGCGCCUAGCGCGGCGCGAGCCGGGACCCCGGGAAUGGUCGGGCGCGCGGCCCAGGAGGCACUGCUGUCUCCUCACAAUCGACCGGGCCUGUAGCUGCCGCCGCCGCCCUACUCAGGGAGUGGCCCAGGCCGGCAGAGCGCCACCCUCACCUCCUUCAUUCCUACCAAGCCCAACCUUGGCUACCUGACCCCCGUGUGGUCUCGAACUCGGUUAGUCUGGUGAAGGGACAGAGAAGCCUGGGUUCCCGGCGGCAUCACUGAGAUGCUCAGUCCUGAAUUCUGCCCUCCAUUAGGAUUAUCUGCUUUGUGGGAUAAUUUCCUCAUUGGUUGAGUCAGUGAGUUGCGUGUCUGCAAGAGAGCAUCCUAUCUGGUUGGAGCAGAGCAUGGACAUGGGAACUAGUGCUCUCAGCAAGAAGCCGUGGUGGACCCUGCCUGAAAACUUUCAUGCUCCAAUGGUGUUCCACAUGGAAGAGGACCAGGAGGAGCUCAUCUUCGGGCAUGGUGACACAUACCUUCGCUGCAUUGAGGUGCACAGCCACACCCUUAUUCAGCUGGAGAGUUGGUUCACAGCUACAGGCCAGACUCGUGUGACUGUAGUCGGACCACAUAGGGCAAGGCAGUGGCUGCUGCACAUGUUCUGUUGCGUGGGGAGCCAGGACUCCUAUCAUCAUGCUCGAGGCCUGGAGAUGCUGGAACAUGUCCGAAGCCAGCCCCUGACCAAUGAUGACCUGGUCACCUCCAUUAGCGUGCCACCGUACACUGGAGACCUGUCUUUGGCUCCCAGGAUAAGUGGAACCAUCUGUCUUAGCGUUCCUCAGCCUUCCCCUUACCAAGCGAUUGGUUGUUCGGGAUUCCAUUUGAGUUCACUGUAUCCGUAAUUAAGGACUGAUCUCCCCUGGGAAGCGGGGAUGAGAGGAGAAGUCUUGGCUUCGCUUUUGGUGAGAAAGACAUGAAAGAUACUGAAGAAAGUGUGAAUUUGUGGCUGGGACCUGUCCCUCUCAGGUCUUGUAGACAUGUGUCUGAGGGAAGUCUCCUGAAUGUAAGAAAGUGUUAUUGGCAAAGCAAUCCAAUAAAAUAAGCUACCUAUGAUGCAAA